CUUGCCCUCCAAUCUUUAGGUCUCAAAUUCAAUACGUUGCCUCCUCGCCCUACACCUCCCAAAACACAAAAAGCCCCCUAAGUCGAUGCGUUUCACCAAGGUCGGCAGGUAAACAAAAAUCCAUAAAGCUCCUCAAAAGGAGGAGAAUCCAUGAGAAAAUGCUUGCAUCAACAACAAUCAUCAACAGAGCUUCCAUUUUUCACCUCCCGCACGUUAGCUUCAUCAGCUAAUCGUUUUGCUUCUCGAUCGCUAUGUCCAGGUUUUUGACGAUUGGAAAUAUUAAAAAAGUGGCACGGUUGAUUUUCAGUAAACAGAAAAGUAGUAGUAAUCAAUUAUUGGAAGUAAAAAAGUAUGGGACAGUAGUUUCAGUUGGUUUGCAUUUACCGCAAUUUAGAUAUUACUCGCAAUAUAGCUUUCCGAGUAGAGGGUAUUCGUCUUUUGCAUUGUACAAUGUUAAAGAGCAGUUUGGACGGAGGUGUUUUACAAGUUGUUAUUCAUCUACGAGUGAUGUGGUGACACGCAAUGCCCAGCUUGCUUGGAAAAGGCUAUGCAGGAAAGGUUCUGCUAAUGGCUGGAGUUUUCCUCGGAUAAGUAGGAUAGCUCAAGCAGUUAGCUUGGCUUUGACACGGUCUCAUUUGGUGGUUCCCAGUGCUUUAGCAUUGACAUGUGGGCAGGUGGCAUGGGCACAAAGAACGUUGGUGGAAUCGGAUUUUUAUCCGAAUUCUUUGUAUAUGCGUGCACAAGAUGGGCAUGCUUAUGUCACGUUGUUAGUAUCUGCUGUUGUAGAUGCAUUUGUGUUGUUAGUGAGAGCUAUAUAUUUAGCAAUUUUGUUCUCGCCCAGCAUGAUGAUGGCUCCAUUUGCUGAUUCUUGUGGACCAGAGUUUAGGAAAAUAUGGCUUCAUGUUGUUCAUCGGACACUGGAGAAAGCAGGUCCAGCAUUUAUAAAAUGGGGUCAAUGGGCAGCUACCCGGCCAGAUCUAUUCCCUAGAGAUUUAUGCACCAAGCUUUCAGAGCUGCAUUCCAAAGCUCCUGAACAUAGUUUUGCCUACACGAAGAAAACUAUUGAAAGAGCAUUUGGUCGCAAGCUUUCUGAAAUCUUUGAGGAUUUUGAAGAAGUUCCUGUAGCAUCUGGAAGUAUUGCUCAAGUGCAUCGGGCCUCUCUGAGAUUUCGUUACCCUGGUAAAAAACAGACAAAGCCUACCAUAGUUGCUGUAAAGGUUAGACAUCCUGGUGUUGGUGAAUCAAUUAGAAGAGACUUUAUGAUAAUAAACUUGGUUGCAAAGAUAUCAACAUUUAUUCCAACUUUGAAUUGGCUGAGACUGGAUGAGAGCCUGCAACAGUUUGGUGUUUUCAUGAUGUCUCAAGUGGAUCUUGCAAGGGAAGCUGCGCAAUUAAGCCGCUUUAUAUAUAACUUCCGAAGGUGGAAAGAUGUUUCUUUUCCCAAGCCUGUGUAUCCACUUGUGCAUCCUGCUGUUUUGGUGGAAUCAUAUGAGCAAGGAGAAAGUGUCUCGCACUAUGUAGAUGACCUUGAAGGUCAUAAUCGAAUUAAAAGUGCCCUUGCUCACAUUGGAACUCAUGCACUUCUGAAAAUGCUUCUGGUGGACAACUUUAUACAUGCAGACAUGCAUCCUGGAAAUAUCCUUGUCCGGCUUUCUAAGAACAGUUCUUCUCGGAAACGGCUCUUUAAAUCAAAGCCUCAUGUCAUUUUCCUCGAUGUUGGCAUGACUGCUGAACUUUCUCAGGGUGAUCGCAUUAAUUUGAUCAAUUUUUUUAAAGCAGUAGCCACCCGGGAUGGCCGCACUGCAGCAGAAUCUGCACUAAGCUUGUCAAAGCGACAAAACUGCCCAAAUCCAAAGGCCUUUAUUGAAGAAGUGGAAGAGUCCUUCACUUUCUGGGGUACUCCUGAAGGUGAUCUAGUCCAUCCUGCAGAUUGCAUGCAACAAUUACUUGAGAAAGUCAGGCGUCAUAGAGUUAAUAUUGAUGGCAAUGUUUGCACUGUCAUGGUCACAACCUUGGUUCUUGAGGGCUGGCAACGGAAGCUAGAUCCAGGAUACAAUGUGAUGCAGACAUUACAAACACUGCUUCUUCGAGCUGACUGGGCUAAGUCUCUUUCCUAUACAAUUGAUGGGUUGAUGGGCCCAUAAGAAGGUUUUGUUUUUUUUCUUUUUACGUUACUGUUUCUGAAAAAACAAUUUUGACAGUCCGAGGACUCGGAAAUUAUACCGGUUUUUAAGAAAUAACAAAAUUCAGUUUUUGUCCCCCCCCCCCCCCCCUGAAAUCUCCUGCAUUUCCAUUUUUUCGGUGAAAUUUUACCCUUCUGUAUUCAUUGUGUGCUGAAUUUAACAUAUCAUUUCUCAAAACUCGCAAAAUGGUGAUGAGGAUGGGGCGGAGGAAUGUAAUAAAGUCUUGACAUUCUAUUGUA